AUGCCAGGGGUCGCAAGAGGAUUUCGGCGCAGACCGUGGUGGUGGUGGUGGAGAUGCCAAGGAAGUGGCGGACGAGGGGAAGUACGAGGAGGAGGAGGAGGAGGAGGCGCAGGCGAAGGGGGAGCCGCAGCGGACGGAGAGGACAAGGCGAAGAAGGAGCCCUACGCCGAGGCCGAGCCGAGGAUUGGUGCCUUCUUCAUGCACGAUGAUCGCUUCCACGACAAGGAAAACCACAGCCGACCCCGCCAGAGGGAGUUUUUCGGUGGCCAAAAGUUAAGGCAUCCGAAAGAUGACAGUGUGUGGGUGCAUGAUCUGUUUGAUGAGAUAAAUAUCCAUGAUGUUCAGCAUGACAAUACAAGGAGGCCUGCAAUUCCUUUUGGACCAUGGGCUGGUGAUAGAACUCAUGGUGUUAACCAUGGUUAUCUUGAAGGAACCAAAUCACCAUCAUACUAUCAUGGUAACAGGGCAGACUACAAGUAUAUCCCAAAGAGCUCCCUUACUCGCUACGAAAGCAGCAACAACUAUAACAGGUUUCCAAAUGAAGCCCACACUUCCUAUGACAAUUCUAAGAACUACAGAAGUGUUCCAAGAAAAUUCCACUCCUACUAUGACGAGAACUUUGAUAAUGCCCGAAGAGAACCUCGUACCUAUCAUGUGAAUGCUAUAGGUUAUGAACCAAAUGUUUACAGAGGGAAACCAUCUAGGCCCUACCAACCUCACUGGAAGAGUACUUUUGGAAUCUCUUCGGUGCAAAGAAAUAGGACAUAUUCCAGAUCACAGAAUGAAGAGGCUUGUUCCAGUGCAGGUGAGGGAAAGUGCUAUUAUCGGACUUCAGAUUUGCAGAAUGAGCAAGAUAUUCCUUUGAAGGAAGAACUCCCCUUAAUUCAAAGAAGAAAAGCGCCACCUGCAAUUUUUAGUAAACUCUUCACAACCUCCGUUCAUAUGGCACAUAAUUCUCUGAAAACACAAUAUCGUCCUGUUUUGGGGGUGAAGCCUUUUGUUCCAUCUGGUGGGCAUGAAAAUGCUGUUGAUUCUGUUAGUACAGUUUCCAUAAAAGCCAUGCCCAGCCUUGGUUCUCAUUCAUCUGUAUCAACAUCAAACAACUACAGCCAAUAUUCAAAAUCCAGGGACCAAGGAGGUGGUUUGAACAAUGUCUAUCAGCAAAGGUCAGUUCAGCAACUCCAACCGAGACAAAGGGCAUCUACUCAGAUAUUUCAUCAAAACAUUGUCAGCACAAACAACAUUCAGUCUCAUCCACAAGCUACAUCGACAAGUUCAACUGAAGAUGCAGAGACCAGUCCGCCUCCUGGAUCAAAGAAUUCUGAAGCACCUGCUGUGGUAACAGGGCAAACUGAUAAGGAGGAACCAGUGAGUGCUUCUUUUUCGCAUGACGGUGGUCAAGCUCUUGGUGAUCAAGGGUUCCCUGGUACUCCAGCAGCAUUGCCAGCUAUGCAGUUCAGCGGCCAGCAUCCUAACAGACCUGAUAUUCCUUCAAUUGGUAUGGCUUUACCAGGACGUUUGUCGCACCAACUUGGUGGCAAUUCUGAGAUGAAUCACAUGACUUGGCUGCCAACAUUGUCUGGUGCUGCUGGGUCUUUUGGGGAAACAUAUCAUCCUUGUUAUCUUGGCAGUUAUUAUCCUCAACCUUCUCAACUUUCAUUUUCAUCAGUAUCCUCAAGAAACCAUAGUGUGACUGAUGUUCCUGUUUCAUUGAACUCCCAUGAGAUACCAGAGGUUGUAGAUCAAGAACUUCAGCAACGCAAGAACAAACCUCGCAGAUACUCCGAGAUGAGCUUUGCAUCAUGAACAUAACGAGUUUGGUGGCAACCGAAGUGAAUUGACAGAACCAGCUUUCAGUUGUGUACAACUAGCACAAUCUAUUGCCAGACUGCUCAAUUAGCACAGCCCAGUACUUUGUCAAGUCCAAGUCCUGAGACCCUUGUUUUCUUCUCUGAAGCACUUCGUUUUACUCGCUGUAACAACAUACACCAGGUUUGACUGUUUAGGUAAGCAAGUUCUUGUCGUAGCCGUAUGCACUGGCCUGCACCUUGUAGAUCGUGCUGGUUUUCUGGUACUCAAAUUGUUAGGUCUCUCGCCAUGACGAUCCCGAGGUUGGCAGUUACUAUUUGUGAAAUCUUUGUCGUGGCCAAGAGUAGUAGACUUGCUUCUGCUCUGCUCUUGUCUUGAAUUUUCAGCUGUUUUGCUAGCGUGGCCUUCGUUUGAAACUUCUUAUAUCAAUACCUUACAGUGGCAACACAAACCACAUCUUCCAUUACUGCUGUUCUUAGCAUAUCAUCCGUAGUUAGUGGCACAUGUCAUGUAUUCUUUUGACGGAACACAUUUGUCGACGUAUUCAUGUGCUGAUUAUGGUCCUCUUUUCUUAUGGGCUGCUGGGACAUAUAACUUGUUA